AUGGAGAGCAGUGACCCACAGGAAGACGAAAGAGGAGGCAGAGGGGAAGAGAGCGAUGGAGAAAGCGGUAAGCAGCUGAAGAACCACCUAGACUGUGAGGAAAAAGGAGAGAAGGAGACCAAAGGGAACGAGACAGAGAAGAAGAAAGAGGGCUGGCGUUCUGGGUCUCUAUGGAGGAGUGGAUGGGCGCUGAGUGAGAGACUGGCCAUCAAUGUCUCAGGGAUGCGAUAUGAAACUCAGCUUCGCACCUUAGCUCAAUUCCCUGACUCCUUGCUUGGUGACCCCAGGCGCAGGUCACGCUACUUUGAUCCACUUCGAAACGAGGUCUUCCUGGACCGAAACCGUGCCUGCUUUGACGCCAUUCUGUAUUUUUACCAGUCAGGCGGGAGGCUUCGGAGGCCCGCGAACAUACCCCUGGACAUCUUCAUGGAUGAGCUGAUGUUCUACGAGCUGGGAGAGGACAUUGUGAGACACUUUAAAGAGGACGAAGGUUUUCCAAAAGAGGAGGAGAGGGCACUUCCAUCCAACGAGAUCCAGAAAAGACUGUGGAUGCUGUUUGAGCACCCCGAGUCCUCUUCGGGCGCACGUAUCAUAGCCAUCAUCAGUGUCAUGGUAAUUGUGCUGUCCAUCCUCAUCUUCUGCCUGGAGACACUGCCCGACUUCAGGAAUGAGAAGGAGAAACGGGAGGAAUAUUUUUACACGUACCACUCCCAGCCAAAGAACGUAUCUGAGAACAUGCCUCUUCCACAAAAUGUUUUCCAUGACCCCUUCUUCCUGGUGGAGACCAUCUGUAUAUGCUGGUUCUCCUUCGAGCUCCUCAUGCGCUUCACUUGCUCUCCCAGCAAGAUGAGCUUCUUCAAGGAUGUCAUGAACAUAAUCGAUUUCAGUGCUAUCCUGCCCUUUUUUGUCACUCUGGGAACAGAGCUGGCCAAGGACAAUGAUGCUACUCCGGCCACAUCUCUGGCCAUCAUCAGAGUCAUCAGGUUAGUGAGGGUGUUCAGGAUCUUCAAGUUGUCUCGUCACUCUAAGGGCCUCCAGAUCCUUGGUCAAACACUGAGGGCCAGCAUGCGCGAGCUGGGCCUGCUUAUCUUCUUCCUGUUUAUUGGCGUCAUCCUCUUCUCCAGCGCCAUCUACUUUGCUGAGGCCGACCAUGCCAACACAGACUUUAUCAGUAUACCACAUGCCUUCUGGUGGGCAGUUGUCACCAUGACCACAGUGGGCUACGGAGACAUGUACCCACAGACAGUGUGGGGUAAGUUGGUGGGCUCAAUGUGCGCCAUUGCCGGUGUGCUCACCAUCUCCCUGCCAGUGCCCGUCAUAGUGUCCAACUUUAGCUACUUCUACCAUCGAGAGACUGAAUGUGAGGAUCAUAUCGAGUACGCUCACGUCCACACGGGUCUGUGGGAGGACGAGGGGCCAGAAGGGCAGGAAAUAGAGGAAGGGGAUGGAGAUGCAGAGGCAGAGGCAGAAUAUUAUGCCAUUGAAGGCAGCUGCAACCCUUUGAAUGGGACUCUGCUGGCUGGUAUGUCUAUAGGGCAGAGCACAGAGUCUAGAGGAGGUGACAUGAAUCUGAGUGAACCACUGGUUACUCAAGUGUAG